AUGAAUGCGACAGUAUGCUUUGAGCCCGGCGGAUUUAGGCCUCGAUGCUCGAUCGGUAGCAACUGGGUGGUUACCGCUGUAGCCCCCUCUGCCAGUGAGCCUCAGUUUGAGCCUGCCCAGGUCGAAUGGCGCAAUUCCACCACUUUUCAGAAGCGGAUUGAAGGUGGUGUGGAAAUUUGCACUGAUCUGAACUGGGAUGGCCAGUGUGGCUUUGCUAAACAGCCUUGGAAUCUGUGCAUUUGA